ACUGAAGGGCAGGUCUCCGUGGUCUCCGUGGUCUUCAGCGCUCCAGGACGGAGCCAGGGCCUCGUUAUUGAACUGCUCCUGCAGCUGCAGCGCCAGGAUGAAGUCCUCGUCCUCCAUCACGGUGAAGGCGGAAUAACCCAGUCUUUGAGAUGGCUGACACCGGAGGACGGCUGCGAAAACAGCUGGAAUCGGCUAAUUUCGACCCGCAGAAUUACGUGAAGCAGCUGUCUCAGCAGUCAGACGGAGACAGAGAUCUGCAGGAGCACCGGCAGAAGAUCCAGAGCCUGGCGGACGAGACAGCCCAGAACCUGAAGAAAAAUGUCUACAAGAAUUACAGGCAGUUCAUCGAAACGGCUAAGGAGAUCUCAUACCUGGAGAGCGAGAUGUACCAGCUGAGUCACAUUCUGACCGAGCAGAAGAGCAUCAUGGAGAGCAUCACCCAGGCCCUGCUCUCCACAGACAAGGAUGAAACUGCCAAAGAGAUGCUGGCUGCUUUUCCCAAGGAGACAGAGGAGGUGAAGCAGAGGACCCUCACAACACUACUGGAAAAGGUGGAGGGGUGCAAGAACAUCAUGGAGGCACCUGGCAGAUACCUGGUCUACAAUGGUGACCUGUUUGAAUACGAUGCUGACAACAUGUCCCAGAUUCAGAAGGUGCACGCCUUCCUAAUGAAUGACUGUCUAUUGAUAGCAACCUGGCUGGCGAACAGACGCGGCACUGUCAAGUACAAGUACAACGCUCUGUACGACCUGGAGAGCUUUGCAGUUGUCAACGUGAAAGACAACCCACCCAUGAAAGACAUGUUCAAGAUCCUAAUGUUCCCAGACAGCCGCAUCUUCCAAGCGGAGAACAGCAAGAUCAAGAAAGAAUGGCUGGAGAUCCUGGAGGAGACAAAGAAAAACAAAGUGGCAAAAGAUCGACACAAGAAAGAGGAGGAGGUCCCCACAUCACCGGUUCGGCAAGAGGUCGCCUCCACUAACCCCUUUGAUGAGGAUGAACCCUUAGGUUCGGAAGAAUUGGUGGACCUGAGCCCAGAGUGGAUCCAGGAGCUGCCUGAGGACUUGGAUGUCUGCAUUGCCCAGAGGGACUUUGAGGGUGCUGUGGACCUCUUGGACAAGCUGAAUGAGUACCUAAAGGACCAGCCAGUCACUCCACGGGUAAAAGAUCUUAGAGCCAAAGUGGACGAGCGUGUCCGGCAGCUCACUGAGGUCUUGGUGUUUGAGCUUUCCCCUGACAGGUCGUUACGUGGGGGUCCCAAAGCGACCCGCCGAGCUGUGUCUCAGCUGAUUCGGUUGGGGCAGUCCACCAAGGCCUGCGAGCUGUUCCUGAAGAAUCGUGCAGCUGCGGUACACACGGCCAUCCGGCAGCUCCGCAUCGAGGGUGCCACACUGCUCUACAUCCAGAAACUCUGCAACAUCUUCUUUACCAGCCUGCUGGAGACUGCCCGCGAGUUCGAGACUGACUUUGCGGGCAACACAGGCUGCUACUCUGCUUUUGUGGUGUGGUCCCGCUCGGCCAUGAGGAUGUUUGUGGACGCCUUCAGCAAGCAGGUGUUCGACAGCAAGGAAAGUCUGUCCACAGCUGCUGAAUGUGUCAAGUUUGCCAGCGAACACUGCCGGCAGCUUAGCGAGAUCGGCCUAGACCUCACCUUCAUCCUACAGUCACUGCUGGUCAAGGACAUCAAGGCUGCUUUGCAGAGUCAGAAGGACAUCAUUAUUGAGGCCACCAAGCACCGCAACUCAGAGGAGAUGUGGAGAAGGAUGAACCUGAUGACCCCUGAGGCCCUGGUGAAGCUCAAGGAUGAAAUGCGAAGCUGCGGAGUCAGCACCUUCGACCAGUACACAGGUGAUGACUGCUGGGUCAACCUCAGCUACACCGUGGUGGCUUUCUCCAAGCAGAUGAUGGCCUUCCUGGAAGAAGGCCUGAAACUCUACUUUCCGGAGCUACACAUGGUGUUCCUUGAGAGCCUGAGGGAGAUCAUCCUGGUGGCCGUGCAACAUGUGGACUACAGCCUGCGCUGUGAGCAGGAGUCAGAGAAGAAAUCCUUCAUCCUGCAGAAUGCUGCCUUCCUGCAUGAGACUGUGCUUCCUGUGGUGGAGAGGAGAUUUGAGGAGGGUGUGGGGAAACCUGCCAAGCAGCUGCAGGACCUGAGGAAGAGCUCUCGGCCUGUCAGAGUCAACCCCGAUAGCACCAUGUCUGUGGUGUGAUUGGCUAGUAUGGAUAACAUUAAUUGCUAGUAUGAUUGCUUUAAAUGGAACAGUGCUUUUAAGUGCCACGCAGUUACAAUUGUUUGUAAAUUACACACUAAUUAAAAUGAUAAAAAAUGUAUAAGGCCUGUUUUUACAUUUCUAACUCUUUUCAAGGAGGAACUUCAGGGCCAGGACACUUCUAAUGCUCUAAACUACACAUCUAUUAUUAAAUAAUUAUUCAGUUAAUCUUUGGUAAACAAAUAAAUGAAUGAGUGAAUUAAUGGGUUUAAUGAUAUAAUGCACAAAACAUCAAUUACACACACUUAAAAUUGUCAAAAAAAAAAACAAUAAAGUCCAAAAGGAAAUGUA